GAGACGGCUCACCCGACAAUCCCGAUGUGACAAUCGGCCGGUCAGGACAGAGGCAGACCCGGAAGCGCAAGCCCAGACGUUCCAUUCCACGCGCACCUUCCCCCAGCAGUUAGCUGCACGACCCAACUACCCCGUGGCAAACCGGCAGGUCGCGCGCGUCACCAUGGACGACGCCGCGCGGCGGCGGCAGCAGCAGCCGGCGGUGGGGGAGGGCUCCAGCGCCAAGGCGCGCGAGCUGGAUCCGCCGCUGCACGCCAUCGGCUUCGAGGUCGAGGAGCUCUCCCCGUCCCGGAUCACCGGCCGCCUCCUCGUCACGCCCACCUGCUGCCAGCCCUUCAAGGUGCUGCACGGCGGCGUGUCGGCGCUGAUGGCGGAGUCGCUGGCGAGCAUGGGCGCGCACAUGGCCUCGGGCUACCGCCGCGUCGCCGGGGUGCAGCUCAGCAUCAACCACUUCCGCAGCGCCGCCCUCGGGGACACCGUCCUCGCGCGGGCCGUCCCCGUCCACCUCGGCCGCUCCACCCAGAUUUCCUACUAUCCACACAUCGAGCAAAGUCAGCAUCAGUAUAACCCACAACUUCAAGUGGACCUUUCCGGGAUUUUUCUGAUAUCUUCCAAACAUUCCGGUAGCAAAAGUCAAGUCAGGACGCGUAUAGACUUGUGCAUACAUCAGGCUUCUGACAGCUGAAGCAUAAGGUGUGGCCUUACUCUUAUCCGUAUUAAAUCUCUUAAGCAUUUUCUCAAUGAGACAAUUCUAGUACUCCUUUGGUCCUAUCUCGGUGUAUCUCAAUGCCCAGAACAUAAGAGGCUUCACCAAGAUCUUUCAUAUCAAAAUUGGAUGAAAGAAAUCCCUUUGUCUCAUGCAACAUACGCUUAUCGCUGCUCGCUAAUAGGAUAUCAUCCACAUAAAGUACUAGAAUUAUAAAUUUACCACCCUUUAUCUUAGUGUAGAUACAAUUAUCCACAUCAUUCUCCUUAAAUCCGAAUUUCUUAAUCACUUGAUCGAAUUUAAGGUUCCACUGUUUUGACGCUUGCUUAAGCCCGUAAAUAGAUUUCUUAAGUCUGCAUCCUAAAUGUUCCUUGCCCUUCACAACAAAACCUUCCGGUUGUGCCAUGAAGAUGGUCUCAUCCAAGUCACCAUUAAGAAACGCAGUUUUGACAUCCAUCUGAUGUAGCUCUAAGUCAUAAUGACCUACUAGCGCCAUAACGAUUCUGAAUGAAUCUUUCUUAGACACAGGGGAGAAAGUUUCAUUAUAAUCAACCCCUUCCUUUUAUGUAAAAUCUUUAGCUACAAGCCUUGCUUUGAAUCGUUCGACGUUCCCUUUAGAAUCACGUUUAGUCUUAUAGACCCAUUUACAGCCUACUGGUUUGACUCCAUUUGAAAUAUCUACCAGAUCCCAAACAUCAUUGGAACUCAUGAACUUAAGCUCUUCUUCCAUGGUCUCAACCCAUUUGGCAGAGUUCUCACAUGAUACUGCCUCUCUAAACGAGUUAGGAUCAUCAGCUUUUCCAAUAUCGUACAUAUCUUCACUUAAGUAUGUCUCAUAAUCAGGAAAAACUAUCUGUUUUCUAGCCUGCUGUGAUGUUCUUAAUGGUUCAACAGGCUGAGGUACAGGUUGAGGUGCAGUCUGAGGCACCUCGACAGGGUUCUCAACUUCAGCAUUAGGCGUCA